AUGACUCCCCUUUCUUCCGAUCUGCAAAACCUGGACCGCGCAUUCCUCAUGCCCACUAGUGCAAGCGGUCGCCGGGGUAGCACCGACUACCGUCCCAGUAUAAGGAAGGCACAAGGUCAUGUUCCGGCAUGCCUGGUCAAUGCUUCAGUGACAUAUUGCAACAACGAUCAAAUCUACGCUUUUGUCUAUAAUCAUGUCCUCAGACUAAAUUUGAAUACUCUACGAUGGGAGCUUGUGGAUAACUAUGGAGAUAUCCCGGGGGUGCGUAUGGGGCACACUGCCACUCUUUACCAAGGUGAUAAGCUUGUUGUUUUUGGUGGAGAGAAUGAACACCGCGAAUAUCUUUCAGAUGUAGUUAUCCUGGACAUCCCCACUUCCACUUGGAGCCAGCCGGAAAUCCGUGGACCGAUACCGCGAGGAAGGGCUCGCCAUGCUGCCGUUAUCUACGAUGAAAAGCUUUUCAUCAUAGGGGGUGUCACCGGAGAGAACAACGUCAUCCUCGAUGAACUGUCGUACCUCGACCUCAGGACUUGGACAUGGUCUCGUACGUGGAGAUUUACCGCCCGAUUUGAUCAUAUCGCCUGGGUCUGGGGUGACAUUUGGUGGCUCGACCUCAAAGGCAUUCCAUCGCUUGGAAUGACUGCUUCGCAAGACGGAGUGUUUAGUAGUCCAUCACAGCAGCUGCCUGGCCGGUCCAGUAGCUAUGCGGCAAAUUCGGGAAGCGUCCAAGUUCGCAAUUCCAACCGGCGGAAGCCGAUUGCUCCAGGUGCCAUAUCUUGUCUUCGAUUCACGUCUGGUCCCCACGUACCGGCACUGUUCUCUGGGACCCACUUCCACGCCUAUGCAUCAGGGGUUCUCCUCGAUCUGAUCACUCCGUCAGAAACAGUGCGCACUUACGAGUGUAAUCUUUCAUCCUUGGAGCUUGAUUCCUUACGCUGGCAAAGAUUAGCAGAUGGCCAGGAAAUCUUCAAGCCCGGCUAUCGAUGGCAUUACUGUACUGUCAAUGCCAGUGGUACGAAGGCGUGGCUUCUUGGCUGCAAUCUCGAUGUUGGCGCUACUCCAGGCACUGGUGAUGAGAAUCAUAUGAGCGAUGUAUUAUGCAUCGACUUGGAGAGGUAUGGCCUACUGGGAAAUGAAAUGACAGCUCUCUCGCCUGAUCAGAGUAGAGCACAGCUGUCUGAAGGGCCGGAGCCUCUAUUUUUGUCCAGCCUAGGUUCCGACCUCCUGGCUGUGUUUGACCAAGCACCAGAAUCGGGCAGUGGUGCGGAUUUCAUAGUCACCGCCAACGCAGAUGACCAAGUGGAAUCAGAUGACCUGGGGGAUUUUGCUGCUCUGCCAGGAUCACAGCCAGCCUUCCUUUCUCCUGGCGUACCCACCUCCCCUCCAAUCCACGUGCACCGGAUCAUUUUGCAGCUGAGAUGGGGUCAUUUUAAACGGCUCUAUUCCGCGCAAAUGGCCGAGUAUCAUUCCAAGAGAAUGCACAUUCCCGAGCCUUACACUGUGGUCCGCGCGUUCCUCUACUAUUUGUAUACGGACAGCAUUUCGGGUCAUCCGGAGCAUUGCCCUGACAUCAUUGACGUCGCGGGCAUGCUCGUCAUGGCGAAUCUAUACGACAUGCCCAAAUUGCGCCUUUUAUGUGUCAACCGAUUGAGCCGCGAGCUGGAUGUAGAGAACGCAGCGAUCAUUUGGGAACGAGCCGGUCGGACAAAUGAGGGAUGGCUGAUGCGCCGGGCCGCCCAAUUCUGUCUCAGCAACUGGGGUCGGGUUGUGCGGACCGACGGUUUCAAGUCUCUCAGUCGACAGAGUUUGAUCCAGCUAUGUGAGGUGGUUGAUAUGGAGGGUCGCGUUAUUGCCGGGCCCGAGUUAGAAUUGGUGGGAGCGCUUGGAUCCGACGCUCUUGGCCCAGGUCGAGAUUCCAAGCCUCCACAGUUGGCUGUCCCAGGCACUAUGGCCGAGGAGGCGGAUGAUCUAGAGGCAGAUGACAUCGAAGCCAUGGAAAUGUCAUGA